AUGACGAGAAGCCUGGACGUUCUGCAGCAGCACGAGCAGCAUGGGCCUGGGAUAGAUGGUGGGUCAGGGUUGGAGGCUUUGCUGCUGCCCCGGGCCGGGGCCGCGGCCGGGGCCCCCACUCGACGACUCCAGAGCCUGAGCUUCCUCUUCACUGAACUUCAGGAACUUCAGCUUGCAAGGGUUCUUCGGGCGCCUUCGAGGGGUGUAAAGGCAUCCUUCGAGUUCGUGGAUGGCUUGGGUGUCGGUGAGGAAAGCCCCUGGCCGGCCCCGAACUCCGAUCCGCCGGAGUCUUUGCAGCGCAUCGCCACACUGGCAGCCAAGUGGCUCACACGUUUGGGAGCCAAUUCACCGGACUUGUCCCGCUGGGCAGCGGACGGGCUCGACGACGGCGUCAGAGACGCAACUCGCCAGGAUGCCACGUCCACAUCCCUUCUUCAAACAGGCCAGGGCCGUGCAGGCCCCAGUGGCCACAGCGUGAACGCCGUGGCGACGCACUUCGGGUUGGAAGGUGAUUCCCACUACGACCCUGCGGCUCACAUGAGGAACAACGGUGAGCACGAGGAUCAUUCAGCGCACCGCAGCGAAGAGGACGGUCGCCACGACCCCGGAGCCCACAUGGGGUAUGCUGCGGAACACCACGAGCAUUCAACACAUUCUGGGGAAGAGGGCGAGAGCUACGAUCCUGCCGCCCACGUGCGGUACGAAGAUGAACACAAGGACCAUGCAGACUCUGAGGGCCAACACGACCGCCAGGCAGAUGCGGGCGAUCACAGCAACCAUCACGACCCUGCUGCAAAUAUGGGGUACGAUGAAGGUGACCACGAGGACCAUACGGAACAUACCGGUGAAGAGGGCGAGCACCACGACCAUUAUGACCCCGCCGCGAACAUGGGGUACGAUGAGGGGGGCCACGGGGACCAUACAGAACACACCGGUGAAGAGGGCGAACACCACGACCAUCACGACCCCGCCGCGAACAUGGGGUAUGACGAGGGUGAGCAUGGCGACAAUGCAGAACACACCGGGGAAGAGGGCGAGAACUACGACCCCGCGGCACAUCUUGGGAAGGAGGGUGAGCACGAGGGGGUUGGGAAAGAAGGUGAGACCGGAGAACACCAAGAAGGCAAGGAGGGUGAGGAGGGGGAGCACCAUGAAGGAAAGGAGGGCGAGCAUGGGGAGAGCGGUGAAAGAAAGGAGGGCGAGCACGAAGGCAAGGAAAGCGAGAAGACUGAGAUGCAGAAGAAAGAUGAAGCCUUGAAGGACGCCAUGGUGGAUCCGGACUCCGGGAACAUUAUCGACGGCAAGUCCGGGGAGGAGAUCGAUCCCACUACGGGACAGAUCGUGGACGACGGCAGCUACAUCGACGACAAAACAGGUUUGGCAAUAAAUCCGGUCAAAGGCCGCGUGGUUGCAGCGGCUGAGGUUCGUGCACAGGAUCCUGAGCUGUGUGAAGCAGAAGCUCUUCGGCGACACCGACUUGGAGGGCCAGGAAGCGACUUUCUUCGCUUCAAGACGUGGCAAGAGGGCCGCGUGCUCGCCGUCUCACCGGUGAAACAAGACUUCUUCGCGGUGGUUCUUGUGCUGACGUUUGGCGAAGACAUGACGCUCGGACCUGAGGCUGCUGAGGAGCCGUGGCAUCCAGCUGCAGAGCCGACCUGGCGUGCGCGAAUUCGCGGCCUCGAGCGCUGCCGUUUGCGGCGUGUGGGGCCGGGGGCAGGCAAUGGCCAAGGACCCACAGCAGAAGCCACUUGCGAAGAAGUCGUUGCCUCACAAUUUCGGCAAGGCGGUGCAACCUGGGCUGGUGCUGCCUGCAUCCGUCCUUCAAUGCCUAGCUCUCAGGCUAAGAGUUGUUCGUGGCAUCUACGACCUGGAAAGCAUUGA